AUGGCCAACAUCGACCGGGAGAAACACCCGCUGGACCUGCAGGAAGUCGAGCCAUCACCGGUAGAAGAGACACCAUCACAGAGCAAAGAUGGCUACUUCCCCGACUCCUCGAACGCACCCAAAGGCACACACCAUCUCGGCCUACACUCGCAACAUUCAUCCAUCUGGUGGCUAAGUCGGAUACAAAAAUACAGCUCCUACGCCUUCUCCGCCUUCGCCGCUGCACACAUCACCAACACCUCCCUCAUCCCCCUCCUCACCCGCUCCGUCCCCGCCAGCGAACCCUACCUCCUCCUCACCCGCCCCUACUACCAAGGCCUACCCUUCGAGCCCCUCCUCGUCGUCAUCCCCCUCUAUGCCCACAUCCUCUCGGGGCUCGCCUUACGAGUCGCCCGCCGCAACCUCGCUGCUAAGAGGUAUGGCGAGGGCACCUCCUCCCCAGAAGGCUGGAAGACGUUCUUUACGUCCAAGUUCUGGCCCAGCGUGUCGGGGAUCAGUAAGCUGGGCUUUGCGAUGACGCCGUUGGUGGUGGGGCAUGUGGUGAUUAAUCGCGCGGUGCCGCAGGGUUUUGCGGGUGGGAGCUCGAAUGUGAAUUUGGGGUAUGUCAGUCAUGCGUUUGCGAAGCAUCCGGCGGUUUCGUUUGCUGGGUUCGCGGCGUUGCUUGGGGUGGGGUGUUGGCAUAUUACGUGGGGAUGGGCAAAGUGGUUGGGGUGGACGCCGGAUCAGACGACGGCGAUGGGUGGGGAGAGGGAGGUGAUUAAGAAGAGGAGGUGGUACAUCAUCAACGGCCUGGCGGCGGCCUUGACGACGCUGUGGAUGGCUGGUGGGAUUGGUGUGGUUGGACGUGGUGGCGAGGCGCCUGGAUGGGUUGGACGAGGGUACGAUGAGAUGUAUCGCUCCAUACCGGUGAUAGGUCGGUGGAUGUAA